AUGUCCACCCAAACACCAAACCCCUUCGAACUCUCGGCGACAGACCCUUCAACUGCGCAUCGACUCGAUAUUAAUGCGUCUACUUGGGCAAACCAGGAAAUUGGCUUUCCGGUGGCCGAUAUACACGUUGACCGCGGGAAGUGGGUCCGCGAUUGGGACAAGGGCGUCGAGCAAUUGACGAAGUCGGCGCAACUUGUCUUCAUCAAGACUGCGGCGACCCAUAACCCGCAGCACUUCCUCGCUGAAAUCAAAUCCACGGACUACGACUUCUUACACCAAUGUCAGGAGAUGACGAAAAAUAAUCGCGUCCCCUGCCUAGACGUCGUAAGAGGAGGAAUCCAUGGCUCUGCGAACGAACGCUACAACCCCAAGGACUGGUUCAGGCUCAUCAGCGACGAGAAGAGGUGGGAAAUGAUUUGCGAGGCUCUCGAGCAGACCUGCAGGCGCAACAUACUGGGUCAAGAUGCUCGCAUGUUCUGUCCUGAAAUCAUUGGAACCGUGAUGCUGAAGCGCCGGGGAAUGGAACUCUUCACGUUCUUCGACCGCUAUUUCAAGAUAGCGUCAUCUGCGGAAGAAAAUCCACCGACUCGUGACCCCAUCGUAGAAAGCGAAUGGUGGGUUACCGCGUUACAACUAGGCCCCAAUCCACCGUUGCCGGAUGAAAAUGCGGCCUACCUUUACAAGUUUUAUAUGUGUGUUCGGCAGGAUUUCAUUGACUUCUUUGCAUUCAACGCCUGCUCGGCUAUUGCUACCGCUUGGAAUGAAGACAUGGAAAAUAGCCUCGCCUCAGCGCUUCGGCUCAUACUGAAUGUUGACCGCCAAGGCAUGCGUGGUAUCAUGUCCGCCAAGAAGACGUCCAAAAACAAAGAUUUGCUGAUCUGCGAGCACUGUGAACGUAGCCCUGAUGAAAUUGGCGACGAUGUUCGCUUUCUCGUCUGUGGGGUCUGCAAGCGGAAGCUGAACUUCGAGUGCUUCUACUGCUCUAAAGAAUGCCAGAAGUCCAAUGGGCGACAGCACAAGUCUCAUUGCGGAAAGGAAAAAGUCUCCAAAAGCCGAUCCUUGGGUCGACCCGGGUACAAGCGCUCGCUUCAGCUACUCCUACAGCUCAAGAUGCAGAGCGAUCAUGAAGAUACGGAUUACUUCCUUUUCAAGACUAGCGUGAAAUCUUACGGCGCCACGAUAUAUCCUUCAUGGUUUCCUUCCAACGCGACAAAGGGAAGCAAACUCUGCGCCCUCGAGGAUGACGAUAUAUCGUCAACGAUCACGAAGGAGGAGAUCAUCCAGCAACUUACAGCGGAAUACGAGGUUGACGCUGGUGCACACCUCGAAACGGUGGAAGAAGCGCUUGCAGCUGAAAAUGACCCGAAGCGAUUCCUGGGAAUGAGCCUAUUUAGUUUCAUCAUUCCCGAUGUACUUGAAGAAUGGGCUGGAGAGUUCUUGAAGGAGAAGGGCCAGUUUAAUGAAGAGGAAGUCAAGUAUGCGAUAGCCCUUUUCAAGUAA